GAAUUGGCCCAUUUUUCAAGUUUUAAAUCCUUUUUAUUCGGUUUUUGUUUCGUUUUUUGUUCUUACAAUUGUUUGUCGACUUAUUUCAUCGAAAUGAUUGUCAAAUAAAAAAUCACGAACUCAUUGUAAACGCAUCUCGAUUUUUGUUUGUUUACUGGAAAAAUAGUCUCUUUAUUCGGAGAACCCAACAAACAAUUCGCGCUAAAGAAAAAGUCUAAAAUUCUUAUCCCCGUUUUCUUCAACGUUAAUCUGAGUUUAAACUCGGAACGAUUACAACGCAAAGUCAAACGAACAAUGAUGGAACUCGAGUGUGCUAUACAAACGUACGAUUGGGGGGAACGAGGCAGCAAAAGUGUCGUAGCGAAACUUGCCAAAACUUCCAAUUGUGAAUUCAUUUUGGAAGAGAAUAAACCGUAUGCUGAAUUAUGGAUGGGAACUCAUCAAAACGGUCCAUCACGUUUGAAGAAAAAUAAAAUUCAUCUAAAAGACCAUAUCGAACAAAACAAGCAUAUUUUGGGCUUAAAUAAUGUUGGUUCUUACGAUGAUUUGCCGUUUCUUUUCAAAAUUUUAUCUAUUGGAAAAGCCCUCUCCAUUCAAACCCAUCCUGAUAAGAAAAGAGCCGAGAGAUUGCAUCGAGAACAGCCUGAUAUUUAUAAGGACGCGAAUCAUAAACCUGAACUUGCAAUAGCUCUGGGUCCCUUUGAGGCCUUUUGUGGAUUUCGUCCGGUGAACGAGAUAAAGGCUUAUGUUAAAGAAGCGCCAGAAAUUCGUGCAGUUAUACAAUCGAAUUCAUCAUUUCCGACUAUUUUCCAAGAGCUGGAAUUUCACAAAGAUGGAAAAGAGUUUGUGAAAAAAGUUUUCAAAGGGCUCCUCCAGCAGGAGCCAGAAAUCAUUAAAAAACAAUUGGAUCUUUUGAUUGAAAGAUUAUCGACUUUGGAUGAACCAAAACGACAAUUCUUCCAUGCCGAUCUAUUGGAAAGGUUGAACAAAGAUUUUCCAGGCGAUGUCGGAUGUUUCGGCAUUUAUUUAUUUAAUUACGUCACAUUGAAACCUGGUGACGCAAUAUUUAUAGCACCGAACGAGCCACACGCUUACUUAUCCGGAGAUUGCAUCGAAUGUAUGGCAUGUUCGGACAACGUUGUUCGUGCAGGAUUGACACCGAAACCAAAGGAUAUCUCAACAUUAAUCGAGAUGCUGACUUAUAGCUGUGAACCAGCAUCUUCAAAACGUUUUGAGGCGACUCGCGAGGACGAAUUCACUCAAGUGUUCCGUCCACCAGUGCCAGAUUUCGCAGUUGCAAAGAUAAGCGUGACCCCUGAGACCAACUCUUACCAUUUGAUUCCAAGAAGCACGGCUAGUAUAUUGUUGAUGAUCGAGGGCGAAGCUGAAGCGUCUUCUUCAAAACUUCAGCCAGGAUCUGUAUUCUUCAUACCAGCAAUGGAAAAAGUGACGUUGCACUUUUUGUCACAUCCGAUUUUGAUGUUUCAGGCUUUUGCCAACACAUCUGAAUGAUUGUGAAAUGAUAUUUUUCGAAAAAUGACUAUUUCUGCAUGUAUGAGAAUCUUCCAAUAUUUUGAUAUUUCGCGUCGAUAUGAAUGAAAAAUAUAAAAAUAAAUCAUCUUUCACAGCCUUA